CAAGUCUGCAAGUCCAGCCCCAGGAAAAAGGCACCCCCAAAAAUGUCAAUGCGCUUAUCGACAGGGGUCCUCGGAUCUAGCCGGCCCCACCCUUGCACGCUUGUUGGCUUGCGAAUUGCAGUGCCGGGGUCGAUCAACCGUUGCCAACUGCAGCUUGAGCUUGGACUCGGGCUGUGGCCUGGAAAUGUGUCCCGGCUUCUUUCUAGCACGGCCAACCCGCGCCAUCUCGUGAGAGCUUCAUGACCACGGCAUCACCAUGGUUCUCCUCACGAUGACGCCCUUCCUUGUGGGGGCGAUCAGCAAAUUCAAGGAGGUUGGGGCCCAAGUCGAGAAACAGUCGCAAGCUUCUUCUGAGGCGGAGCCAUCACUGCAGAACCCAGCGAUCGGGAAGCCAAUCUCGCACGGCCAGAUCGUCCAGCUGUGGAAGCUGCUGAAGGACCACGAUGCACAGAGCUAUACCCUAGAGAACCUGCUCUGGGGCGCCCGGGUCUAUGUUCCCCCAGCCCCUGCAAAGCCUGAGCCCACACCAGAGUACAAGGCGCUGAUGGCCCGCCUUCGACGCGAGGAAGAAGAACGGAAAUACCAGCGAAUGGUCUCCCAGCCGUCCCCCCUCGAUGCGGCUCCGGGCUUCGCCCAGCAGUUCGCCCAAGUCAACCGCCCCGCAGACAAGGCCGAUCUCGGCGACGACGAUGCGACUAUGAAUGACGUCCACCGGCAGGUCAUGCUAGUUAUCAACUUCCUCGUUACUAUAUUUGGGUGCGCCGCAACCUUGUGGAUUGUGGCCAGGUGGUGGAGCACCCCGGCGCGGCUGUUCUUGACCAUGGGAGGCACUCUGCUCGUAGCAAUCGCCGAGGUCGCGGUAUAUUCGGGAUAUGUGUGGCAUAUUGGAGAGGCAAGAAAGAAGGAUUCCAAGAUCAAGGAGGUCAAAGAGAUCGUGGAUACUUGGGUGGUGAACAAAGAGGCCGAGGCAAAAGAGGUGCCGUCGAGCAAGAAGGAUUCUGGCGCAGUCGGAGCACGGCAAAGAAAAAUACGGAAAGGAGGCACAUGAGGGCAAUGAGUAAAUAUGAGAAGUCCCCAGGCAACACCGACA